GCCGGUCUGUUAGUAUUUGUACUAACCUAUAGUACAUUCCUUUCGUCCUUUACUACGUGCAUCAACCCUACCAGGCCAUAACUGUACAUGUCAAUAUGGGUGUCCCUGCGGCUGCAAAGCGCUCCAUGCGCAUCAUUGCUUUACCCCUCACAAGAGCAACGCGAGCACCCAACGGGACACAUACUCAUCUCACGUACUACCAUUUCGUGACGCCGAAACCAAAGGAUGAGAAACGUCAAGGAUGGGCGAAUUGGGCGACUAGCAAGGCCACCGAUCUCUGGGCAGGCUUUGGGAAAGCUCCGGAAGGAAGCUGGAAGAGAAAGACGUUUCUGUACGGAGAACGUAUUGUCGACCGUAUAGACUUCGAAGAACUCGCGCUCAAGUCAAUAAACCCUUCACUCGCCCCUAGAAUAUUCCGACAAUCCGAAGCCAAGUCUUCAAAAGAACCCGUCAUGCCCACGAUUCCGUUGAUUUAUCCUGGUACGGUAUGUUCGUCUCCAAUGGCACACUUCCGAAGUCUGUUGGAGAAGAGGACACCGAGACAUAGAAAAGGAUUCUUCAUGUGGAUGUUUAUUGCACCACUGACGGCACCGUUUAUGCUAAUUCCCGUGAUACCCAACUUGCCGUUCUUUUUCUGUGUCUGGAGGUCGUGGUCGCAUUACAGAGCGUACAAGGCCUCUGCAUAUCUAGAAGGGUUCCUCGAUCGUAACUGUAUCAUUCCAGAGGAAAAUGCAGAAUUAGACAAAAUCUACGCGAAAUAUGCACCUCCCAUCACACCAUCGACUUCAUCUUCAUCCUUUGCACCCUCACCCCCUCCUUACGCGUCGCAUCCACCAUCAUCUGCUACGACACCUUCGGCAUAUAAUGACAAGCCAUUUUCCGAUCUAGAUACUGAUUCUACCUCAAAGCCUCCGAACAUCCCUCCAGUCUCAGAUUCAGAAAAAUUCGACCUCAAGUCAGAGAAGGCCGCAGAAGCACCUAGUCGACUGUUGUUGACGAGAGAAGCGAUUCCGGAACUCGUGAAGUUGUUCCAGUUGAGACCGGAUUCGAGCUUUGCGGCGGAUGUCUAUAGGGCUCUUGAACAGGCGAGAUUGAGGAUGGAGAGAAAGAAAAACGAUGCAUAAGGGUAAUAUGGGAGGUGGGGGAUGGACUGGGCGGUUGUAUUAUAGUUGGAUGCGUGAUGCAUUUAUCUCGCAUACUGUGCAAGGAAGGGUGUUGUAAAUAUUGUAACCGCACUAAUCACAAAACAGACAUUGCAUGGACAUCAUGGCAUAAUUUCUAUUAAAAUGCUUGCAAUUAGAUUCAUAUUACUCGC